ACCACCCUCCCCACUGGCCUCUCCGGACCCUCUUCCAGGAGACCCUCCCCCGGGCCUGGAGGAGACCCCCGGCUCUGUUCCCAUCCCAUCCGGAGGACCAUCCCCCCCAGUCCCCCGCUGCCUGGAGGAGGCCCCCACUGAAGGAGACCACCGACCCGAUUCCCCAUCCCUCCUCCGGCCCGCCACCCCUUCUUCCCCCUUACAACGGCCUGGACAGCCAGCUUGAAAAAAGAAGAUGUUUACCAUACUUUCCCGCCAGCCCUGUGAACAAGCAGGCUUCAAGACUUUCUCCAGAACUCCAGCCAUUGUUGCUUUGGUGCUUCUGCUUGUCAGCGUGGUAGUGCUGGUGACUAUUACUCUUGUUCAAAUCAACCAGAGAGAAACCCUCUCUCCAGGCCUGAAGUAUGGUAUAGUGCUUGACGCUGGAUCAUCAAGAACCACAGCAUAUGUGUAUCAGUGGCCAGCAGAGAAGGAGAACAACACAGGAGUGGUAAACCAAACCUUCAAGUGUAGUGUGAAAGGCUCUGGGAUAUCCAGCUAUGGGAAUAACCCUCAAGAUGUACCGAAAGCCAUAGAUGUCUGCAUGGAGAAUAUCAAGGGGAAAAUUCCCUCUCAUCUUCAUAAAACUACCCCCAUUCACCUGGGAGCCACAGCUGGAAUGCGACUGUUGAGGUUGCAAAAUGAAACGGCAGCCAACGAAGUCCUUGCAAGCAUUCAAAACUACUUCAAGUCACAGCCCUUUGAUUUUAGGGGUGCUCAAAUCAUUUCUGGGCAAGAGGAAGGGGUGUAUGGAUGGAUUACAGCCAACUAUUUAAUGGGCAAUUUCUUGGAGAAAAACAUCUGGCACACCUGGGUCCACCCUCACGGAGCAGAAACCACCGGUGCCCUGGAUCUAGGUGGGGCUUCCACCCAGAUAUCAUUCACCCCAGAAGAGGGGGCAGCCCAGGGUCCCGGCGACACUGUCGAGGUGUCGCUGUAUGGCUACAGGUACAGCCUGUACACACACAGCUUCCAGUGCUAUGGCCGUGAUGAAGCGGAGAAGAGGUUUCUGGCGAUGCUCGUUCAGAAUUCCACCGGCAAAGCCAACGUCACCAAUCCUUGUUACCCUCGAGAUUACACAACUGAUUUUAAAAUGAAACACACAUUUGGAAGUUUGUGCACUGAAGCCCUCCGACCAGCAAACUAUGACCCAGAACACCACAUAACCUUUAGAGGAUCCGGAGACCCUGCACAGUGUCGAGAAAAGGUGUAUUCGCUGUUUGACUUCCAAGAUUGUCACAACCAGGACAACUGUUCCUUUGAUGGAAUCCAUCAACCUAAAGUUAAAGGAGCAUUUGUGGCUUUUUCAGGAUUCUACUACACGGUCAAUGCUUUGAAUCUAUCAGGACAUUUUUCUCUACACACCUUUAACUCAAGCACAUGGACUUUUUGUUCACAGAACUGGGAUCAGCUUCAACUGAUACUGCCCAAGUUUGAUGAAGUCUAUGCUCGGUCUUACUGCUUCUCCGCUCACUAUAUCUAUCACCUGCUCAUACAUGGAUACAAAUUUACUGGAGAUUCCUGGCCUAAAAUACACUUUCAAAAGGAAGUCGGUAACAGCAGCAUAGCCUGGUCCCUGGGGUACAUGCUGAACCUCACCAACAUGAUCCCAGCUGAGAGCCCUCUGAUCCACAUGCCUAUGAAGCCCCCUGUGUUUCUGGGACUGCUCAUCAUCUCCUCAGCAGUGGCCUUGCUCUGUCUGGUGUUCCUUGUUUACUUGUGUGUGGUGUCGCGACUGCAGAAGACCUCUUGUCACGUCAUUGACCACGGAUCUGACAUAGAAUGAACUCCUGAUGAAUAGCCCUGAAGUCGGAGAUGUGAUCUUGGGGCCGGGGGGAGGGAGCAUCGAAGAACUCGAAGGAGCAGGGUGGGAGGGGCAGGGCAUGCCACAGAUUCCAUUUUUCAUUCGAUUUGGUGUGGGCUGUGGAGCGGAGGGAGAGGAGCAUUCAUCAAGGUUGGACCGGUUUUGAAAAAAUAGCCUUCCACAGACCCAGUAAACCAUAAGGACUCCAGUCCGUACCGGAGGGCGGCAGGACAAUGAGAACAGGGUCCACCUCCACCUCCCCUCCCAAAGAUCCAUCCCUUCUGGAGAGUCAAAAAGAAAGCAGCACCCUCCCCAAAAGCAGUAGGAAGAGCGCUGAAGGCCCUAAUAACCGCGAGACCUAGUGGAUGUAGCACAGAAGGACCUGGGUUUUAAUCCCGGCUCUGCCGUUUGUCUACUGUGUGACUUCAGACAACUUACUUCACUUCU